GGGCAAGACUUGGAGACUGGUGUUCGGCUCGACGCUGCCCCCGGGCACGCGCCGCCGCGCAGCGCAAUACACGCUGCCCAGGCAACGCGCUACACCCCACUGCGAUCGCUGCCCGCGAAAAAGCGACCGGUGACGGCCGCACCAGGCAUGGCCCGCCGCACCAUAUUAGCAGUAGCCGCCGGGCUCCUGCUCCUGCUGGGCGCGGCCCACGUUUACCUGCAUCCCACCCUACAACCAACUGCACAUGAGGACGACACAAUAGCGCGCUUGGAAAAGCUGCACCAGGCGCUCGCCGAGAAGACGUCAAUGCAGGAAAAAACGCUCGCGUCGUACAAAGCGACGACACUCGCCGCCCAGGACGCCAUGAAGGCGCAGGCGAACCCCACCACCUCUAGAAUUGAGGAGGCCGUCGCGGCGCGCCUGGCCGCGAUUCAGCGAGAGGCCGACCUCCACGCCGAGGCGCACCAGGAGCACCAUGAAGAUCCGUACAUCUUGCAGAAGCACAACGGUCAUAUACCUUUCGUGUUUGUCGCCGGUCUGGAGGGCACGGGGCACCACUGGUGGAAGGCCUUUUGGGAACAGUGCGGUAGUAAGGCGCGGCCUUCACUACUAGGACCGCUGGCCUGGCAAAGGGCAGCUGCCGUUUUCAACGCGAAGAUGGCCCUGGACCUGCCCGCCUCCAAGUUAAUGACGGAGGCCGCGCGGGCCGAGACCAACACUGGCGGAACUGUCUACGCCCUGAAUACCCUAGGAGGCCGCAACGACGAGGCCAUGCGCCUCCUCAAGGCAUCAGCCCCUGGCCAACAACUCCCCUGGGGCGAGGGCGAGGGCAUGGGUUCGUAUCCAAACUGGUGGGGCACGCCGACGCCGGACCACAAAGCGUUGCAAAUGCCCGAUCUUACUUAUAUGGCGGAUGCGUUGCGAGGCGUCCAGGGCGCCCAACUGCGCAUUGUCCUACUCACGCGCGAGGCGUCACAAAUCGUGCGAAGCGUCUGCGACAAGCGGAACUUCGCGAAGAGCGUCGGUGGUUGCGCCGCGGAGGUGCAAAUUUUAUCACUGGGUGCUGGUAUCUUAUCAACGCAACUCGAGGCGCUGCCGCCCCCCCCUUCAGUAAUCUGCGAGCACGUGCGCUUCGGUAAACUGCAAGCCGGCGACGCGGAAACGCUGGAGCGGCUCAGCGUGCUCUCGGGCAUCGACGACGCGGCGCGCGUCGCGAAGCGCGUGCGCGCGCCGCCGUCGCCGCCCGGCGGGGCCGGGCCCAAGACGGAGCGGGCCAAGCGCGAUCGGGAGCAGCUGGUGGGUGUGUUGGCGCGCGCGCAGGAGGCCGCGGUGAGCGCGUGCGCGCGGCAGGCGCUGCGGCGUGGUGCGUAAGUUUGUGUUUGUGUUUUGA